AUGAGGAUCAUCAUUUUAAUAUUACUUGGCGUGGUCCUCUGUGUAACGGCUGCUUCUCUAAACACUGAGAAGGUCUCCUCCGACACAAAGGAUGUAAGCGCCAUCGAAACAAAAAGUAAGGCUUUCGCCGACACAUCGAUCGCCGAAAAGGAAUUGCCGAUAGCGGAAUUGAGCGGAGACAAGGUUUAUUUUUUGUCAUUUGAUAAACACGGGUGCCGCCAUUCUACUGAAAAGGUUUGCCUAAGGGAGAAGCAGCCGAGCUUCUGCACCACCGUGAAAAGCGUCGAGUUAAAAAUGCGCGCAGGCGGCUGCGAAGGCUACGUCGCCAACUACGAAGGUCUAGGCGAAGAAAGAGGUGCUGCAAGCAAAGUACGAUGCUGUUCAGACAGAGGCGAGGUACUUGAAGAAAGAGUUGAAACUCGAGAGGGAAUAAAACACACUACUCUACCCAUCCACUGA